AUGGAGAACGGUGCGCCAUCGGAUGGCAAGGACCCAUCAGCAUUCCUUAGUGAAAUCAUUGGAGCACCAGUAACUGUGAAACUGAAUUCUGGGGUUGUCUACAAAGGCGAACUCCAAUCAGUGGAUGGUUACAUGAACAUUGCUUUAGAAAAAACCGAGGAAUAUGUGAACGGGGCUUUGAGAAAAAGUUUUGGUGAUGCUUUUGUCCGCGGAAACAAUGUUCUUUACAUUUCCGCGCAAUGA